GCCGAGCCCAGCCCCGCCCCGCCCCGCCCUGCCCCGCCCCACCACCGUCGCGCUCGCCUGGUCCGGGGCUCCGGACUCCGUUUUCCUACACGGCCCCGAUUUUCCCAGACCCCUCCGCCGCCGCGCUCAGGAGUCAGGAGUGAGGCGAGAUGCUGGAGAAAGACCGGAUAUCCUACUUCUACGACGGAGAUGUGGGCAAUGUCUACUUUGGACCAAAUCAUCCCAUGAAGCCACAUCGUCUUUGUAUGACACAUCACCUUGUUCUUUCAUAUGGACUUCAUAAAAAGAUGGAGAUAUAUAGACCACACAAAGCAUAUCCAAUAGAGUUUGCCCAGUUCCAUUCUGCUGAUUAUGUCGAAUUCUUGCACCGGAUAACUCCUGACACUCAACACCUAUAUGCAAGUGAAUUAACUAGAUUCAAUCUUGGAGAAGACUGCCCAGUCUUUGAUAAUUUGUUUGAGUUCUGCCAAAUCUAUGCUGGAGGAACUUUAGAUGCUGCUCGCAGAUUGAAUCAUAAAUCGUGUGACAUUGCCAUUAAUUGGGCCGGUGGGCUGCAUCAUGCGAAAAAGUGUGAGGCAUCAGGCUUUUGCUACAUUAAUGAUCUAGUUUUGGGAAUUCUGGAGCUUCUUAAGUACCAUGCUAGGGUUCUAUAUAUUGACAUUGAUGUCCAUCAUGGAGAUGGAGUUGAAGAAGCUUUUUAUUUCACAGACAGGGUAAUGACUGUGAGUUUCCACAAGUAUGGUGACCUGUUCUUUCCUGGCACGGGUGAUAUUAAGGAUAUAGGAGAAAGGGAAGGAAAAUAUUAUGCCAUCAACAUUCCACUUAAAGAUGGGAUAGAUGACACCAGCUUUACUCGUCUUUUUAAAACAAUUAUUGCCAAGGUUGUUGAGACAUAUCUGCCUGGUGCUAUUGUUCUUCAAUGUGGGGCUGAUUCAUUGGCAAGGGACCGUUUGGGCUGCUUCAAUCUCUCCAUUGAAGGCCAUGCUGAAUGUGUAAAGUUUGUCAAAAAAUUCAAUAUUCCCCUUCUGGUAACAGGAGGUGGUGGAUACACCAAGGAGAAUGUAGCACGGUGUUGGGCUGUUGAAACUGGGGUCCUUUUAGACACAGAACUCCCAAAUGAGAUUCCAAACAAUGACUACAUUGAGUACUUCGCUCCAGAUUAUACACUGAAAGUUGCAAAUUUGAACAUGGACAAUUUGAAUAGUAAGACCUAUCUCAGUUCAAUCAAAGUGCAAGUCAUGGAGAGUUUGCGGUCCAUACAGCAUGCUCCUGGUGUUCAGAUGCAAGAGGUUCCACCAGAUUUUUAUAUCCCUGAUUUUGACGAAGAUGAGCUGGAUCCUGAUGAACGUGUUGACCAGCAUACCCAAGACAAGCAGAUUCACCGUGAUGAUGAGUAUUAUGAAGGCGACAACGACAACGAUCAUGACGAUGGCACUCACUAAUCUGUACCUCUGGGCAUGUAAUGGUGUAUAUGGAAACUGAGAACCUUCACUGUUGUUGUGUAGCUCAUCGGGCUUGAGGUGGAGUUGUGUGCGGAUUUUUACAGUCGGCUGUAACGUACCAAGUUCGAAGUAUUUGGGUUCUGACCCUUACUCAAUCACUCUAUGUAGUACAACACUUCCCGUUUUUCUUCAUACGGGUACCCGGAUUGUAGAGUUGUCCUGAACAGAGUCAGGUUGGGCAGCCUCAAACUAUUGUUCAUUUUUUUACAAGUCAUUCACUAUAGGAAAUGCGAGUUUGUGGGGUUAUGAAAAUAAA